AUGGAAACAGCUCUUGAGGUAUACAAUGACACUGAGAUGAGAUCACCAGAAACACAACCGAUCAAACGCCGCAAGAAGAAGUCAAAGGUGUGGGAUUACUUCACAAUCGAGAACGUGCAACCUGAUUGCAGAAGGGCUUUCUGCAAAGGCUGUAAUCAGAGCUUUGCUUACAGCAACGGAACAAAAGUGGCUGGCACUAGCCACCUUAAGCGCCACAUUGACAAGGGGACUUGUCCUGCAAUUGUCCACCCCCAGGACAAUGACAACAACCAACCCAUGACUCCCUACACUCCCAAGAGUGACACCCCCAGAAGGCGUUACCGAACUCAGACCAAUUCUACCUAUGUUGCGUUUGAUCAGGACAAGUGUCGCCAUGAGAUCGCGAAGAUGAUCAUUAUGCAUGACUACCCCCUUCACAUGGUUGAGCAUCCAGGGUUCAUCUCCUUCGUGCACAGUCUUCAGCCUCACUUCGACACUGUCAGCUUCAACAAUGUUCAAGGAGACUGUGUCGCCACUUACCUUGCAGAAAAGCAGAAUGUCAUCAAGUCUUUAGAAGGAAUUCCCGGACGCUUCUGUCUGACGCUGGACUUCUGGACUUCAAAGCUCAAUCUAGGGUAUGUCUUUAUAACUGGCCACUUCAUUGACAGCGACUGGAAGAUACAAAAGAAGCUUCUCAAUGUUUUGAUGGAAUCCUAUCCGGAAUCUGAUGAAGCUUUGAGUCUUGCUGUUGCAAAUUGUGUUUCUGAAUGGGGUCUCGAGGGAAAGUUGUUUUCCGUCACCUUCAACCAUCUGGCGAGCAAAACCGCGGUUGAAAAUAUCAGACCUCUACUCUGCAUCAAGAACCCUGGAAUUCUGGAUGGUCAGUUGGUAAUAGGGAACUGUGUUGCCCAAACAUUUAGUAGCCUCGCUAAAGAUGUGCUGGAUAAAGGAAAAGAUGUGAUCAAGAACAUCCGGGACAGUGUGAAGCACGUGAAAACCUCAGAGUCCCAUGAGGAGAGGUUUGUUGAGCUCAAGGAACAGCUUCAAGUUCCGAGCAAUAAGGUUCUUUCUCUCGAUGAUCAGAUGCAAUGGAACACAACAUAUAAGAUGCUCGUUGCUGCUUCAGAAUUGAAGGAAGUGUUCUCUUGCCUAGACACUGCUGAUCCUGACUACAAGCAAUCACCUUCAGCAGAGGAUUGGAGGCAGGUGGAAACACUAUGCACAUUCCUGAAGCCUCUUUUCGAAGCCGCCUCCACCCUUCAGUCUUCUGAAAACCCCUCUGCUGUUACGUUCUUCCAUGAAGUGUGGAAGACACAGUCAGAUAUGUCUCGGGCGAUAGCCGGUGAGGAUCCUUAUGUUGCAGGUAUUGCUAGGACCAUGAAAGAGAAGGUUGACAAGUACUGGAGAGACUGUAGCUUGGUUUUGGCGAUGGCUGUGGUGAUGGAUCCUCGGUUUAAGAUGAAGCUCGUCGAGUUCAGUUUCUCCAAGAUAUUUGGAGAAGAUGCAGGGAGAAACAUCAAGACCGUGGAUGAUGGGAUCCACGAGCUCUUCAGCGAAUACAUGGCGCUCCCAUCGCCCCUGAAACCGACAUCCGAGGGCGGGAAAGCGGAUGGGCUGUCAGAUUUUGACACGUACAUAAUGGAGACAACGGGACAGAAUCUGAAAUCAGAGCUGGACCAGUACCUUGAUGAAACGCUGCUUCCCCGGGUUCAGGAGUUUGAUGUUCUUGACUGGUGGAAGCAGAACAAGCUGAAGUACCCAACAUUGUCGAAGAUGGCUAGAGACAUCCUCUCGAUCCCGGUCUCGGCUGCAGCUUUUGACUAUGUCUUUGACAUGGAACCGAGGGAGAUGGAUGAGUACAAGACGUCACUGAGGCCUGAGACAGUGGAGGCUCUGAUUUGCGCGAGGGAAUGGCUUCUUGAGAGUGAUGCUUCUUCUUCAUCUCCUUCUGCAGCUGCGCAGAUGUCAAGUGCCACAGUCAAAACUGAAGCGUAG